AUGUCUACUUUCUUCAACCGUGCCUGCUAUAACAAGUAUAGUCGAAACGAUAUCGAAGAAUGGGGUUUGAUGUUAAGAAAAUUAACGUUGAAGCCCGACCCUGUUGAGAUCCCGGGGAACAUCACGGCCUGGGGGUACAUCCGCGUGAACAAGCCGAUCGUUGGAAACAUCUCCCUGGAACUCAAACUGAAGCGCUAUCUCGGAUUCUUCUGGUUAUCUGUCCCUUGCUUAAAAAACAUCGGUUCGUGCACCUACCCUGACGUGUGUGAACUGCUUGAGGAUCACUAUAACGAGACUAUAGGGUGUAAUGAGAACUUACAGGCGCACGACAUCCCGUGCACGUGUCCCUUCUUACCCGGCACCUACACCCUCAAACCAGAAAUGUUUCAGAUUCCACAACUCAAAGGUUUAUGGGCCUCGUUGGCCAAGGGCGACUACAAGGCAGACGUUCGCCUACGAGACACUGACAGUAACGAGGUGAUCGCCUGUCAACACAUCGAGUUCAGUCUCACCAACGGCUUCGUGCCCACGGUCUCGCCAACUGACAAACCAAAGUGUACGAACAUUCUCGACUGUCUGUUUGGUUAAAUCGUCUCACCCUGCACAGAGGCGGAUCCACGAUGGGGACAUGGG